AUGGGCCACGCCCCGAGGAGGUUGGUCUCUGCCCUCUAUGUAAAGCCACCAUGGGUGCCCGUUGAAGUGAGAAUCGGUCAGAAGUGGAGACGAGCAAAUGUUUUAAGGCAAGCUGAUCGCAGGGGACUCUGUCUUGUGAGCAUCAGAGGGCCGGCGCCCGAGUCUGACCCUAUAAUGGUGCCGCUAUCAACGAUCCGGAUACCUUCCGACCCUCCUGUUGCCAGGAAAAGACCAGACACUCGUCCUAAUUUCCGAGUGAAGAAGCCCAGGGACACCGGUGAUGCCACCGAAGAUGCUGUGGUGUGUGAUUCUGUAUGA